AACAUACGUACAUGUUCUACUAUAAAUAAACAAAUCAAAUCAAAAUCGGGCGCGCGCGCACGCCAUAGACACUCACUCGCUCAACUAACUGUCGUGUGUGGGUAUGAGUACAUAUUCGUGUAUUGUAAAAGAUAAGACCUUCAUUGGCAGUAAUAGUUAAUUAAAGUCUGGUUUGAACAUUUUGAAUAUUCGUGAAUGCCUAAAGAGAAACCAAUACCAAAAAAGCAAAGUACAAAAAAUGCACGAAAACAAAAACAAUGCUAUGAAUGAAGUUCGACUUAUCGGCUAGUCAGAGAGCCAGGUAAACAGCUUGAUCAGCGAAUGAAAACUCAGCUGGCCGACUUGAAAGAGUGCAAAAAGUCUACACAUUUGGGCUCUCCAAUCCAAGAGCAAGCAAGCAUUAUGAAGCAAUCGUGUAGCAUAGCUGGCUUUCUUGGCGGCGCUCCGGCUGGUUCGUUAGUGCUCCAAACUAGAAUAGUACAUGCGCUGGAGCAGCUCUCCAUUUUGGCGUAAUGCAGCAAAGAAAAAUAAAAAAACGGUCGUGCUAUGUGGCGCGAUCGAAAGCGAGUUUAUUCGGUAGCGCGCCUCCAUCUAGAGAACAUCAAGGUGGUCGCAAUAACGACAUAAACGCUUAGAUCAAUUCAUAUUUGUCUGUUACAAGCGAUAGUUCCGCAAUUUACGUAUUUUUUGCCAACGAGUGAGCGUACAAAAUAGGAAACACUCCUUAUCAGUUGUUUGGCGGCGUUUGGUUUUGCAGUAAUAGUAGCAGCAGCAGAUAGCAGUGGCGGCAGCACAGCUUAUGGAAUCAUUAUCAACAUUUUUGGAGGAUAUUAAAAAAAUAAAUAAAAAUAAAUGCAUUUGCACACAAAAUUUCAACUGAACCGGCAUAAUAAAUUGUGGCAUUUUUUUGUUAUAAUUGCAUAAAUUUUCUACGUAUGGCACACGAGCACUUUGCAACACUGAAAAAGCAUUAAAAACCACUGACUCUAGUACGCCCUGUACUUCCGCUGCAUUGUCAAAAACGAACAGCUGUUUUGGCACCUAAAAGGAAUCGAAGAAAAUAAUAGUCCGGAUUGCCAAAUUUUACACGGUCGUUUGGAAUUUAUGUUAAUUUAAAUAAAAGUUUUUGAAAUUAAAAAUAGGAAUCGCAUAUCUACGCGACGUGCACGUUGGCAGUGUGUAUGUGUGUGUGAAUUCCUCCUGAGGCAGUCAUCAAAUGUGCAGGCAGUUCGGCGAGCCACAUGCGUUAAUUUGACAUUUGCGUGCAGCUGUCUCGUCCGCCUGCUUUUGGUGUUAUCCGAUUCGAUUCUAUACGAUCCGAGAUUCCCUCAAAAAGUGUCAAAAGUGCGUAUUUGUGUUUAUUUUUGGAAUUCAAGUGUUUGCUGUAUUGCACAGGCCUCAAUAGGCAGCCACCGACAAGAGCAACAUUCCCUGUGUUGCGAUCUGAUCAAAUUUAGUGUUGAUACGAAAGAAAGUGGUAUUGAAGUGGUCAUUUUCAGUGCCGUGCCGUGCCGUGUGAUAUUGACCGCCGCCGCCAUCGCAAGCGUUCCUGAUUCGCUAAUAAUUACUGCGAUACAGCAGCACCGAAACGGCGUCUACAACAGCAACGGCUAUACAACAGCAGUUGCUUCCGUGUGUGUUAUUUAAAAAAGGUGAAAACAUAAAAUCGUCACGGUGGAGAACUUCUACCUUAGAAUGGAUCCUACGCGAGGUGACUCGCGCUAUAACCUCAAUUACCCCAUGAGCGGCAUCGGCCUGAGUUUGGCCGAUCAGGCCGAUAUCUAUGGUGGUAAUCCAGCGGCUGUUAGUGCGCUCGGCGGUCGACCACCAUCGGGCGGACUCAUACAGCCGAUGGGCGGUGGCGCUGGCAUAGGAUUCAGUUCCCGUUCGAGUGGCCUCAUGCCCAACAGCUCACAGUGUCAAUCCUUGGUUACUGGCACAUCCAAUAGUGCGGGCGGUAAUACGAGCCAUCAGCGUGGUAUCAAACGCGCUGGCUCUGAUUGCUAUGAAGAUCAUCAUCGUAGUAGUAGUGCUGCGGGUAUGUCAUCACAAGCGUUACAAGGACUUGAUUGUGUUGGAGGCAGUGGGCAACAAAGUGCACAGCAGCAACAGCAACAGCAACAACAACAACAACAGCAACAGCAGAGUGGCAAUGUGCCCGAUGUGGUGGACGACAGCUACACAGCGUUGCAAAAUAAAAAAUCACCUCCUGCCAAUGGCAAGAAAACAAAAGGGCGAGUCAAAAUCAAAAUGGAAUAUAUAGAUAAUAAAUUGCGUAGAUAUACGACAUUUUCAAAACGCAAAACUGGCAUCAUGAAAAAGGCGUACGAGCUCUCUACAUUAACUGGCACACAAGUGAUGCUGCUAGUCGCCUCAGAGACUGGGCACGUUUAUACGUUCGCCACCCGCAAAUUACAACCAAUGAUCACAUCAGAGGCUGGUAAACAACUAAUACAAACUUGUCUUAAUUCACCAGAUCCGCCCAGUGUGGGCGGUGGUGAUCAACGUAUGUCAGCGACUGGCUUCGAAGAGACCGAAUUAAGCUAUAACAUAGCAGACGAGGACUCAAAAGAAGGUAGAUCACCCCUCUCUUCUGGCAAUGAAUCAGACGAUUCAUCCGACGCCGAAUCGCCGGGACCCGCCUUACAAGCAACCAAAAGUCAAGCCGUAAUAUCCGAAGCGAGUGCGCAGGAUUGCAGUAGGCAGCAAACAGCGGCCACUACAUCCGUCGCUGCAGCGAAUGCGGCCAAAAAUAUUGCCUAUGCCGCCGUCGCCGAGGACUUGACACCAAGCAGCAGCUCAUCAGCUGUUGGUGAAACGAGAACCAAACACAAUACGAAUGCACAGCAGGAAAUACAACCAACAACAGCCGCACCUUCAACAACAGCUGAGGCCUUAACCUAUUCAGCUGCAACGCUAUCUAGUCUGCCGCAGGAUAUGCUCUUAAAGCUAAUACAAUCUGGUCACUUGCAAUUGCAUACUGAAGAAGAUGGCAGCGGACAACAGUAUAUUUCGAUACCUUUAUCGACGAACGCUGCGCAAACAUUGAAGUCAACGAAGGAUGUGCAUGCAAGAGCUGGCCUUUUGGAGGCCAAGGAUAUGCGUUUGAAAGAAACAAAAUCAGAGCAGCGACAGCAGCAGCAAACUUUGAAAGCUGCAACAGCAAGCAAUAAUGCUGCUGUAAACUCAGCUGCUAUAAUGAUAAAGCAAGAGCUUGAUUGAAUACAAAAUAUUGAUUCAACACAAAGACUUGAUGCUUGCCGAAAAAAAUUAAACAAACAAAAACGAAAAACAAAGUGUGAGAGAUAGUUAAAGCAGUUUUUAUAAUUUAAUUACAAUGUAAAUUCAGUUUUAUCUAAGCAGAAAAAAGUGUAAUACCUUGCUCUAUAUGUGUAUGUACUUAUAUGCUUACAGUGGUGGUCAAAACAUAUGGAACUACUUCACUGGCACUUUUUCUGCACUUUGCACUAAAAAAUUUAAUAACUAUAAACAAAUAAAAAUUCGAAAAUUGGGCUUAACUACAUAGUCUCUUGCAAAUUUUAUUAGCUUUCAUUAAACAUUUUUUUUUUAUCAAAUUGGUUGAGAAAUUAAGGCUCCAGUGAAUUAUGAACAUAAAAUCCCAUUUAUUGACCACUGUGCGGGCCAAGUAUGAGAUCCCAAUAAAUAAUAUUGGUGCAUACACUCUUAUUUGGCCGAAUUCUCCUCCAAUUUGUGGUGUGCCCCUUAUGUUACAAAAAACAAAAAGAGGGAGCUACAAUUUUAUGCCGCCACCGAACGGCGAAUCGUUUGUUAUUGGCCAGACUUUAGAAAAUAUUCGUUUCAGUUUCAUAUGUUUUGACCCUCACUGCGUACGUACAUAUACAGCACAUUAGUGUUCCUAAAUUAUUUUCCGUGAUAAUCGAGCGUCUCAAAGAAACCCAAGCAACCCACAGGCCAGGAACUUGAAUAUGAAAGUUAUUGUUAAAUAGUUUUGUUACUUUCUUCUUCUUCUUGUAUUUCGAAGCCAAAUUUAAUAAACCUAAAUAUUUAUACCUACUUAUCAAAAAUA